AUGCUGUUCAUUCAGAUUGUGCUUUCUGCUCUUUUAAGCAUCCACUGCGCCGCAGGGUUGACCGUCAAACAACCACAUGUUGCAUUCGCUUCCUCUCGUAGGAACCCUUUGGCAAUGAGUCCGCUCUCCAGCAAUUACGAAAAGCCAGCGCAGCCAUUGAAGAUUGAUCGAGCAAACGAAACUUUAGAGGUCAACUUCUCCAUUGACACUGAAGAUGCUCCAGAACAAGCAGUCUUGCUGUUUGGGUCUAUUUCCAAAGGUGUGGAAGUCAGUUAUGAGCCAAUAAUAAAGAACGUACAGAGCGCAACUUCUACAUACAAGUUCAAGAUCCCCAUUGAGAAACUUCCCGAACCCUUGUUGUACCUGUCUAUUGUUUCGAAGGAGGCUCUUUCGGCCACGCUGGUCCUGGCAAAUCCAAACGGUGAAUCGUCCGAUAACAUGCUUGUGGAGCUUUUUGACGUGGAUUUGGUGUUUGAAUUGGAAAAGAAGCCAUCUUGGCCAGCCAGAAUGGGACCCAAGCCGCAAAUCACACACAUUUUCAAGGGCACUGCCAAGACUGCACCUGCAUGGGUAACUCGUUCCACAAGCGUGAUAGUAGCCGCAUGUUUCGCUGCUGUGAUCGUUGCGUGGCAAAUGUUGGGAAUUUUCACAGCCGUCCGUCUUCCUCUCACAAAUUCGAGAACUAUUUACGUGCUAGCGUUCGUUGGUAGCGUCAUCGGCAUGGAAUACGUGUUCGUGCAGUACUACCUCGGAGCAAGCAUCUUCGUGACGCUAGAACAUGCAUUCUACGCUUCCAUAGGCAGUCUUUUUGCAGGUGCCAAGCUACUUCAGUCUUAG